AUUGUUGAUGCAGCGUUGCACGCACGCCUGGAAGCUUCCACCGUAAAUAGCAUAAAACCGCCUCCCUUGCCGUCUCCGCCAGCUCGCUUUUGCCACGCUACCCAACAACACGAUACAUUCAAGCCCUAAUUCUCCAAUUCCAGAAACUGAAAGAGAAAGACAAAGAGAAAGAGGAGGGGAAUGGCUCUGAACCCUCAAUUGUUUCCAAACGGGAUGCCGGUCCCUUUCGAUAACGAGAUGUUUGUGUUGUGCAGAGAAGGCGUGGAAUUCGAAGUCGAUAAGAUUCCUGCAUAUGGUCAUAUUAAAGCGAAGGGAACAAUAUACCUGUCAAAUAUACGAAUGGUCUUCGUUGCAAAUAAACCAAUGGGCAGUUUUUUUGCUUUUGAUAUGCCUCUGCUCUAUGUACGUGAAGAAAAAUUCAACCAGCCUAUAUUUUUCUGCAACAAUAUUUCUGGAAAAGUUGAGCCUGUAGUUCCAGAAACUGAGCACAGAGCUCUUUAUGCUGCUUAUCCAAUUAAGAUUUCGUUCAAGGAAGGGGGUUGUGGGACUUUCAUACCCCUCUUUUUCAACUUGAUAUCCUCAGUUAGACAGUACAAUCAACAAUUCAGUAUGGGGCCAGGGCCUCGUUUGGAUCCUUUGCAGGCUGCACAGACUCCUGUUGAUGAAAUGAUGAGACACGCAUACGUUGAUCCGAACGACCCAACGAGGAUCUACUUGCAGCAGCCCAAUUCAGAGUCUCAGCUGAGGCGACGUGCAUACCAAUCCCAGCCGGGUGAACGCGCCAUGUGAUUCAAACCCUUGCCUACUUGGGAAAGAUUCCAUGUUUGACAACCAACUAUAGAGUGCACUUUCUGGGUCAUGUAUACCCUCUUACUAAGGGAUGGUACCAUGAAUUCUGCAUCUGAUAAAGUAUAUAUGUAAUUAGGAGUCUUUCAUCUCUCUAGUCUAUUCUCCUUUCUGUAAGCGUUUCUAUUGAUUUUGGAUCGGCAGGUGUUUGUAUCAGGGUUAUUUGCGUGGUUAUUCUUCUCGUGAUAUUAUGAAAUUACUUGUGAUAUGUAUAUACCCGGCUGUUUUAUGUAA